AGGGUUAUGCUUCUCAUGCAUCUUUCUUUGUCUCAUACAGAUACUUCUCUCCAACUUCCUUCCCCUUUCUGAGCUUGUCAGUGGAAUCACCUAUAACUCGCUAAGAUCUUCCACUUCAUCAAGGAACAGGCACCAUGGAUCGAGCAAGAUGCAGGAUGUGGACAGGCACAGAACAGAGCAACAGGCCUCGCCUCAUCGUUCAGAGCCCGGACGGCCUUGUCGUCGGGUCUUCCAUCAAGGAGCCAUGGAAGGAAGAAGCUUAUUCAUGGCCUCCGAGAUCUUACUCAUGUAACUUCUGCAGGCGAGAAUUCCGAUCAGCCCAAGCCCUCGGUGGGCACAUGAACGUGCACCGGCGGGAUCGAGCCAGACUCAAGCAGUUGUACACCGGGCUUGGUGGAGAAGCCAUGGAAGAAGACGAACAUCACCCGAAUCCUUCUACUGUGACGAGUGCAGGUUGUCAUCAACCUCAGGUUAACCCUAGAUCCCUGCUUAUUGUCUGUGAUGAAAAGACCAACUGUAAUAAGAGAAGGAGAACUGAUCCAACGCCUGCUUUCUUUGUGAGAUCCUGUUCUUGUGACCAGCAACAAGAAGUACAACCUGAGGUACUCAACCAUAGCCUUGAUGAAGAGUUGGAUCUUGAGCCAAGGCUUGGAGAUGCCCCCAAGUAGAGUUUCUGUUCCCUUGUGCUUGAUCCAAUAUGAACCUUCUCUAUGAAGGUGGAUUGCCUCUUUCAUCAGAGAACAAACAAGAAUAAAAAGUUCAACUUUUAGAACCAA